AAAAAACAUCAACAUCUACACGGACAGCAGGUCGCCAUUAUCCACUGCCCGGGCCACCAGAGAGGAAAUAACCCUGUGGCGGCCGGGAACCGGAGGGCCGACGAGGCUGCAAAACAAGCCGCCCUGUCGGUCAGGGUGCUAGCAGAAACUAUAAAGCUUCAAGAGCCAAUCGAGCCUGCUCAAGCUAGGACCAAGCCAAGAGAGCUCACUCCUGACCAGGGAAAAGAAUUCAUUCAGCGGUUACAUCAGCUAACACACUUAGGACCAGAAAAGCUCCUUCAACUAACGAGCCGCACCAGCCUCUCCAUCCCGAAUCUCCGGUCCACCGUUCAAGAAGUCGCCAAUCGGUGUCCGGCUUGUGCCAUGACUAAUGCGACUACCACCUACCGAGAGACCGGAAAAAGACAACGGGGAGAUCGACCCGGCGUAUACUGGGAAGUAGACUUUACAGAGGUAAAGCCUGGCCGGUAUGGGAACAGGUAUCUGCUAGUAUUUGUAGAUACUUUCUCUGGAUGGGUAGAAGCUUUCCCUACCAAAACUGAAACGGCCCUGACUGUAUGUAAAAAGAUACUAGAAGAAAUCCUGCCCCGUUUCGGGAUCCCUAAGGUGAUCGGGUCAGAUAAUGGCCCAGCCUUUGUUGCUCAGGUAAGCCAGGGACUGGCCACACAACUGGGAAUAAAUUGGAAAUUACAUUGUGCGUAUAGGCCCCAGAGCUCAGGUCAAGUAGAGAGAAUGAAUAGAACCAUCAAAGAGACCUUAACUAAAUUGGCCUUAGAGACCGGUGGAAAAGACUGGGUGGCCCUCCUUCCCUUAGCGCUGUUCAGAGCCAGGAAUACCCCUGGCCAGCUUGGUCUGACUCCUUAUGAAAUCCUCCACGGGGGACCCCCCCCCAUACUUGAGUUGGGAGGAACACUGGGUCCCGAUGAUAACUUUCUUCCUGUCUUAUUUACUCACUUAAAGGCUUUAGAAGUUGUAAAAACCCAGAUCUGGGACCAGAUCAAGGAGGUAUACGAGCCAGGUGCCGUGGCCAUCCCUCAUCCGUUCCAGGUCGGAGACCAAGUGCUUGUUAGGCGCCAUCGGACCGGCAGCCUUGAGCCUCGGUGGAAAGGCCCGUAUCUGGUAUUGCUGACCACCCCGACCGCAGUAAAAGUUGAUGGCAUCGCUGCCUGGGUCCAUGCUUCCCAUCUCAAGCCUGCACCACCCCCGGCACCAAACGAGACCUGGGAGCUGGAAAGGACUGAUCAUCCUCUUAAGCUGCGUAUUCGGCGGCGGAAAAAUGAGUCCACCGGGUAAGAACCCCCACCGGCCUGUGAUCCUCACCUGGAAGGUACUGUCCCAAACUGGAGAAGUUGUCUGGACCAAACAGGCUACCCAGCCGCCUUGGACUUGGUGGCCCGAUCUUAAACCUGAUGUAUGUGCCCUGGCGGCGGGUAUUGAGACCUGGGAUAUCCCGGGAUACAUAGCAUCGGGCUCGGCCCAGAUCAGACCCCCUGAUUCAGACUAUACAAAAGCUUAUAAUCAGAUCACCUGGGGGGUCCCAGGGUGCAGCUAUCCCCGAGCUAGAAACAGGCUUGCCGCUUCCCCCUUCUACGUGUGCCCCCGGGAUGGCCGGACCCUUUCAGAAGCUAGA